AUGAAGUUCGAUUUCUCCAUUCUCGCCGCUGCCACCGCCCUCGUCGGCUCAGCCAGCGCAGCUCCCCAGAACAACAACAACAACAACAAUGGUAACUGGCAGAGCUACGCUUCGCAAGCAAGUUCUUACUGGCAAUCAGCCAACCCUACCGCCACAGGUGAUUACUCUUCGUGGGCCAAUGCCGCCUCGUCGUACUGGAACAGCGUCAGCCCCAGCGCUGCCCCUUCGCAAUGGUCAUCCUACGCCUCGGCUGCAUCCUCAUACUGGGCUUCCAACAGCGGUAGCCAGAUCACUGCCGCUCCUAGCGCGUUCCCCUGGGCUGGCGGCUACGGUCCCGGUGGCUAUGGAGGCCCCGGUGGCUGGAGAGGCGGCAAUGGCUACGGUCCGUUUGGCGGCGUCAACGGCAACGGUACAAACUCUGGCUGGGGCCCUUGGGGUCAAAGCGGUGCUUGGACUUCUGGUCCUUGGACCUCGUGGUGGGGAGGCAGCAACUGCCCUGACAGCACAUGGUCUGGCUGGACCUCUGGACCUUGGGGCACAAACGCACCCUGGACCUCUUGGUCGGGCUGCCAGGCUUCCACUACUGCCACCUCUACCGUUACCACUACUGUCUCUGGCGUCCCCACUACUUCUCUUGCCUACGGUAUCCAAGUGAAUGCCGCUACUCAGGCUUCGACCGCCUCGGGAUCGGGUAGUGCUGCCACAGCUUCGGCCACUGGCGCUGCCAACAAUGUCGGUGUCUCGGGCGCUGGCGUUGUGAUCGGAAUGCAUACAUUUCCUCCUCUUUCUCUCUUAAGACGUUCGUAUUGUCGUGACUUGGUGUCUUUUUUGACGACGCCCGAGAUGCCCAGCGUCGGGCGCAAUCUGCAGCGAGCGGUGAGCGUCUCCUAUCCUUUGACCCUCAAGCACAACGAUACGCACGUACAACAAGCCCUUCACGUUGUUAAGCUUGCUGCUCUCCAUCAACCGAAGCUGCUCGUGUCACAGCAAGCGAAAUAUCAACUCUCCGCCAGGUCGAAGGCGAGGCGACGUGACGCUUGGUCUGGCAAGCUGUCACCAGGGCACUCAACGACUGCAUUCCUCUCCAUCAAUCACAACAUUGAGAACAGCUCCUCCUCCUCCUCGAUUGCAUCACAUUUCGAACCUGUCGUCACGUCCAUCGGCAAGCAAUCGCCUUUCGUCCUUGGUUGCUGUCGCCAUUAUAGCAUGAACGCCUCCGUAAUGCUGCGCAGCCAAACCAGCCCGCCCUCUCUAAUCACAUACCACCCAUCACCGCUCCGUUCGCCGCUCAUUCACGACUCGAACCGCACGGUCUACUGCGGAGGCAGCGACCGAAUUUUGAAAGGCAGUGGAGAGAAGGAAUAUACUCAGACAUGGUUGCACGGUCGGUCUCAUCUCACGCACCCGAGCGAUGCUGGGAGUUCAUCUACGUCCCACGAGUCGGUCAGUAAAAACAGAAUGCCCAUGCGCUGGUCCGAUGAAGGCUUCGCGCCUGUUCUCUCGUCUUUCGUCGUCCUCCUUACCUCUCUUUCCCUUUCCAUGCUUUCCUACGUGCGUGACCCCUCAUUUGACUGUCUCGGCGACAACAAAGGCAAGUGCGAAACAUAUUAUUCUUCCCUUUCGUGUUGGCUCGGUCGCUCUUUUGAGGAAUGUGUUGUAUGUUUCAAACGCUUCUCAAUCCACUCCACAGCCAUGUUGUCUUUCCUCAACCUAGCCCCAGAGACCAGGAUGACUGUCUACGACUUUCUGCUCCAGUCAGCCUUCAUGAGCAACAAGCGCAUCUCCUACAUCAGCGACAAUGCCCUCCACCAGAGAGAUCCUCCAGGCGCUGUGCGCUACAAAUUGACAUUCAGGAUCCGCGAGAAUCACCUUACUCUCAAGGGCAACAAUGCCAUCAAAAAACAGAAUGUCGCUAAUGCCGAGUGCAACAUCCACCUCGCCGACAUCGACGAUCUCCUGGGCCUUGCAAACACAUGCCGCUUGCUCAGAUCAGAACUCCUGGCCCUUGCUUGGUCCAAUGCCGACAUCUCAAUCACCUCACCAGCCCUUCUAUCGGACUUGCACUACAUCUUCAUCCACCGGCUGUCCAGCAAUGCCUGCGCGUUCAUCCGCACCCUACAGAUCAAGAUCGAGGACUACGCCUGGUCAUCCAGAGACAUGAAACAAGUUGUUGGUCUCGUUCACAAUCGCCUUCCGCGACUCGAGGAACUGGUCUUGAAUUGUCCCAUCAGAGCACAACCCAGUAAAAGAAGCAUCAAACCUCGGAACGAUUCCCUGGUCGCUCUAAGAGGUCUCCCUCGAGAGGUCACUGUCAGCUUCCACUGCUGGAGGACGCAACACCGCUCUAUACUGGGCGGCAGUGGCGAUUCGAGUCCAAUGCCCAAAUGGAGCAAGAACAUGGAUGCCCACUUCAAGAACAUCAGAUAUGGACUCGAUAUGAAAAGUCAGAAGCGGAGAGAUGAGCAGGCAAGAAAGGAACAGGGCGAUCAGAUUGCGGAUAUUCUUGGGGCUACGGUCGAGCUGCGUUCCCUCGGCAUGACAUGA